GUCACUUCCGUUUUUGUCAAUAGUAAACAAUCAUCGAAUCCAAAAUAGAGAAUUUACUAAAAAAUUAAGCGAAUAAUUGGUGAUAUUGUUGCCUUUUUUGGUGCAGUCAUUAAUAAUUACAGAAAAACUAGGUAGAAGGAAGAGUUGUCAAUAAUCAAUCAAGAUGCCUAUAUUAUUUGCUGUAGUUGCUAGAGGUGCUACUGUGUUAGCGAAGUAUGCCAGUUGUGCCGGAAACUUUACACAAGUAACAGAACAAAUUUUGGCUAAAAUACCAACAGCUGAUUCUAAAUUAACAUACUCACAUGGAAAUUAUUUAUUUCACUAUAUUAGUGAAGAUAAGAUUAUAUAUCUGUGUAUAACAGAUGAUGAUUUUGAAAGAUCAAUUGCUUUUGCAUUUCUGAACGAUAUAAAAAGAAGGUUUCAAGGUCAGUAUGGUGUCCGAGCUCAGACAGCCUUACCGUAUGCUAUGAACAGUGAAUUUUCUCGUGUUAUAGCUUCUCAGAUGCGAACGAACACAGAAGAUCGAUCACCAGAUCAACUAGGUCAUGUUCAGAAUCAAGUCGAUGAGUUAAAGGGAAUUAUGGUGAGAAAUAUCGAUCAAAUAGCAGACAGAGGAGAACGAUUAGAAUUACUGGUCGAUAAAACAGAUGAUCUCAGUGCUAAUGCUGUUUCGUUUAAAAAGACAAGUAGAGCCUUAGCAAGAUCGUUAUGGUGGAAAAAUAUUAAAAUUACAAUCAUUAUUGUUAUUGUUGUUAUUGUUAUUCUGUAUUUUAUCAUCUCUGCUGCGUGUGGUGGAUUAGAUUGGCCGUGUACUCGUAAAUAAAGUGAUGUCGGAGACAUGUGAUUAAAAUAUAACGGACAGAUUAUUAUGAAGAGUGCUUUCACAUAAAUACCAGUUGGUUACUUCUCAACAGACUGUUACUUAGCAACAGGCUGUUCAUUACUUUAAAACCAACUGUUUGUUAUCACCGUGUUGGAAGAAUAUGUCGAACUACUAUGUGAUUUAUUAUCAUCUAGCUUUAUAAAUAUAUGUUAAAACCCUUUAUUUUUAUGUUGAUAUUAUGUAUUGUGUAGUGUAUAGUUCAAUAAUAUGAAACAUGAAAUUUUUGUAAAUCCGACUUAAUUUUGGUUUGAUUAAGUUAAAUUAUAUCAUUAUUAACCCUAUCUGUGUUCUAAACACUAUCUUUUGAACCAAAUAUUUAAUUGUUCUUAAAAUCUGCAUGAUGCAUUUAUGUUUUUGAAAGUUUAAGGCUAAGGCAUGUGAGAUAUAUUAUGUAUUGUAUAAUGUGUAGAUUUAGACCCCCACUGUAUACUGUAAGAGUAUAUCUGACAAUUCAAAAAAGUAAUUGAAUGUCAUUAGAUAAGAGAACACGAGAAAAAUAGAAACAGUCCGUACAUUCACAGGUGUUUAUUCAUUCUAUACUUAUAAAAACAUGGUAAUGCACAGACUUUUUCUGUUUUUCUUUCAUGUUCUCUUAUCUAGUGACAGUCAAUUUUGUUUAUGAAUUGUCAGAUAUCCUUUCACAGUUCCAUACAACAACUUUUGGUCUUCGAAGGAAUUAUUAGUGAGCAGAAAUUCGCCGAUGUAUCUGUUAUCACCCGUCACUUCAGCCAGUUUUAUAGAGGGAUAACUCAUGUUUUCCUUUUGCCUUCGUCAUUUCCUAUUGUUGAAACAUUGAUUACUCAUCUAUCGUAGCAAUGUUCUCUGUGAAAAAAUGAUAUUUGGAACGUGUUUAACCAGUUCUAUCACAUAUGUGAUAAUGACUGGCACCAAUAUUGUCCUUUAACUUCCAUCACUUACUAUCUACAGGACUAUGUGUAUAAGUGGUGACUUAAUAAUUUCAUGUAAAAUUUACCUACCUGUAAUAUAUGGUUGGGGUUAUUCCAUCAUUUCUGGCAUUCUAUAAUCUAAUUAUGUCAGAGGUCAGAAGUUUUUGUGCUAUAUUAGAUUUAUUACAUGGAUACAUGUGUAUGUGGUGUAAAUUGAUUACAUUGAUAUAGGUGUAUGUAUUGUAUAUCGUGACAUUGUAAAUGAAUUAUGUUGAUACAUGUGCAUGUAGUGUAAAUUAAUGACAUUGACACACAUGUAUGAUGUGCAAAUUGAUUACAUGUAGGUGGUAUUAUGUAAGUUAAUUACAUUGAUACACAUGUAGAUGGUGUUUUUGUCAAUUGAUUACAUUGAUACACAUGUAGAUGGUGUCAUUGUCAAUUGAUUACAUUGAUACACAUGUAGAUGGUGUCAUUGUCAAUUGAUUACAUUGAUACACAUGUAGAUGGUGUCAUUGUCAAUUGAUUACAUUGAUACACAUGUAGAUGGUGUUUUUGUCAAUUGAUUACAUUGAUACAUGUGUAGAUGGUGUCAUUGUCAAUUGAUUACAUUGAUACACAUGUAGAUGGUGUCAUUGUCAAUUGAUUACAUUGAUACACAUGUAGGUGGUGUUAUUGUCAAUUGAUUACAUUGAUACACGUGUAGGUGGUGUUAUUGUCAAUUUAAAUAAGAAAUUUGACUGUGUAUAUAUGAUGAGAAAACAACCAGUGUUUCUGUCUUGUUUCAUAGAUUUUGUUAAAAUGUUUAUAUUGAUGUGUAUAUUAGAAUUAUUUGAAAUUGUUUUUAUUAUAAAUUAAACAAAUAGAAUUAGUUCCAUGUGUUUAUAUCAAUUGUAAAUAUUGUUUUAUAUCUAUAACACACACAUAAAUAUAUUAUAUAUAUUAUAUAUAUACAUACUUGAUACUAGGUGUAACUUAUCUAAUUCACAAAAUGGUAAACUUGACUAUUUUAAGAGAGCAGUCUUUUCAUUGGCUAAGAGUUAAUAUUUGUACUAGUAUUUUAAUCUUCAACUAAUGAAAUAUGUGCUUCAUUUUAGUUUAGAGAUUCAUGAAUACUGUGGACCCUGUAUUAAUUAUGCACUAUAAUCUGCUCGGCAAAUACAGAUCAUUUAUCAUCAGCUUCAUACUGUAUUAUUGUGUAAUUAUUAUUGUAUUAUUAUCCUUUCUUAUUGCCUUUUCCAGCCUUUUGAAAGUAUAGGGUUAAUGCCUGUGUUAUAUAAUAUGUAUUAUAUAAUGUGUAGAUUUUGAAAGUAUAGGGUUAGUGCAUGUGUUAUAUAAUAUGUGUUAUAUAAUAUGUAGAUUUUGAAAGUAUAGAGUUAGUGCAUGUUUUAUAUAAUAUGUAUUAUAUAAUGUCUAGAUUUGGAAUGUAGAGAAAACUCGUUUUAAUCCCAAUCCUACAUUAAUGGAGAACAUAUUCUUUUAAAGAACUUAGUACCCAGUAAGCACCUUAUAGGAAGUGCAGAGGGUGUACAAGCUGAAAUAUGUUGGAUCUAUGCUAAUGUUCAUUCAGUUAAAAAAAUCUGGAUAUUUUAUUGAACGAUCAUCAUCAAGUAAUGUACCGUUAAAGUUUGGCCUAUUUUGUGGGUUGGGGGGGGGGGGGAACACUCAAUAUUUUAGAAGAAUUAUUUAAUAAUUAUUUGUUUUUAUCAUUGGGGAUCGUCAGUAAUUAGCUUGUAGUAUGAUUUAAGUAAAGUAAAAAUGUGCUAAUCAUCCCUGGGCCCUAUUAAUGAAAACUUCAUCUAAAAUAUUUUAAGAAUAUUGAUUGUUUAUUGGUUGAGCGUGGAUGGCCGAAUGGUUAGCACAUGCGCGCUGUAUCAUAGGGUUUGUCAAUGAGUCAACUGGCGUGGUUUUGAUUCCCCGGAUGUAAGUGACAAGGUGUUGGGUCGCCUGUCCAACCUCGUGGGUUUUCUCUGGGUCCUCUGGUUUCCUCCCAUUGCUAAAGACCCGUACGCACAAGCAAAUUGUUGAAAUAAAAUUGAACAAUAUGUUAGUCCCGAAAUGACCUGGUUUUGUUUAGAGUGGACAUUAAACUCCCGAUAUGACCUAGUUUGUGGAGGUUACCCCCCCCCCUCUCUCUCUCUUUCUUUUAUUGGCUGAGCACUAAAUUCAUAGCUUAAUGAAGAGGCAGCAUUCUUAAAAUCUUUUAGUAAAAAGGUUUCUUGAAUAAGGAUCCAGAUAUACAGGUAGGGUUGAAUGUUAGAAUCAUAUGCAAGUAUGUGCAUUUAGAGGCUAAAUAUAAUUAAAGUUGAAGGUUUCUUAAAUAAGUAUCCAGAAAUACAGGUAGGUUGAAUAUUAGAAUCAUAUACGAGUAUUGCAUUUAGCGGCUAAAUAUAAUUAAAAUUUUUAGAAUAUAUUGCCUAUAUAUGGAUAUAUGUAUGGAUAUAUUGCGUAUAUUAGUAUAAUCAUAUUGGAAUUAUUUAUGAGGCAAACGGCUUCAGUGACUCAGAUAAAUGUUUAUGUAAAUAUAUAUUUAUUGAAAUAAAAUCUUCAAAGAUCAA